UACCUAACCUCAACUGAUGCUUGUUAUCACUAACAAAAAUUUGAGUGUUAUCAUUUUCCCGUCCGAGGAUAUGAUUGUGUGUUUGUCAUGUUCAAAAAAUUAUGUAGGCCAAAGGCUUCUGCAGUUCUAACAUGCUACCUUAAACAAUGUGGAGAACCUCCGUGGACAUCGUAUUUCGUUAAAUAUAGUAGUGUUGAGGAUGACCAGUUUGGCCGCUCACAUUUUAACUGGCCAGUGAAUGAAAGUAAUUACCAUAUUUUGAGAACCGGCUGCUAUCCUUACAUCAAGUAUCAUUGUACCAAAAGACCUUAUCAAGACUUAUCAACCGAGGACAACUUGUAUCGAGUUAUUAAAGCAGUAAAUUUAGGCAUACCAACUUUGUUGUACGGCCUUGCGGCUGUAUGGUUGAUUAGACACAAAGAACUCGUGGAAACACCUGAUGGGAGCGUUUACAUAUAUUUCUUAUUGUUAGAGGAUAAAGGCUCAAUGUACUAAAGUGUAACUUGAAUCUAAUUCUUAUGCAGCAUAAAGGCCGUCGAGCUUUUACUUUUUAAAGAAUAAAAAUGUAGCAUUUUAUGAAAAUGUAAGUAGGUAGGGAAUUAUAUCCAUCUUAAUGUGUACAUUUUUUUAGAAACUUUGAUGGAAACUAUACUCCUACAUGCAUCAUACAUCCACCAAUACAGGAUCUUCUUAAAAUUACCGGUGUGAUGGUGAUUAAUAUGUUUAAAUUGAUAACCAAAAGCAUAAGCCCCAUUGUCAUUUUUUUAUAAUAAUAUAUUUGUGUGCUUUGAACUUUCUGUGUGAGGGUACCAUUUCAGGAGUUUAGAGCAGAUUUUUGCCCUUGAUGUUACAUGUUAUUAAACUUACUCCUUCAGAUUUUACACCGCACACGUAGGUAUGUGGAGUAAUGAAGUGAUGGGUCACGCCCUCUUAAUGAAUAAUUGUACUAGUAUGUAUCUUCUGUUAUUGAAAAAAGACUGAAAAUAAACGAUUAAACCAUUUA